AUGUCUGAAUCAUACGAAGAACCAGUUCACACUGAAGAAGCUCCAGCUCAACCAGAACAAGAAUAUGAACACCCAGAAGAACCUGCCUACCCACCAGCCGAAGAGGAACCACAACAACCUCCAAUGGAUCUAGAUACUGCUCCUGCUCCACCAGUGGAACAUCAACCAAGCCAACCAGAACCAUACUACCCUCCUCCUCCUCCUUCUCACUACCAUCACCAAGACCAAGAAGGUGAAUUGUCCACAACCAGAUUAUUUGUUAGACCAUUCCCAUUCGACGUCCAAGAAGCUGAAUUGAACGAAAUUUUCACUCCUUUCGGUCCAAUGAAAGAGGUUAAGAUCCUUAACGGUUUUGCAUUUGUAGAAUUCGAAGAAGCUGACUCCGCCGCCAAGGCUAUCGAAGAAGUUAACGGUAAGACUUUUGCUAAUCAACCAUUGGAAGUCGUUUACUCCAAGUUGCCUGUCAAGAGAUACCGUCUUACUUUGAGAAACUUGCCAGAAGGUUGUUCUUGGCAAGAGUUGAAGGAUUUGGCCAGAGAACAUAGUCUUGAGACUACUUUCUCUUCCGUCAAUACCAGAGACUUCGAUGGUACUGGUGCUUUAGAAUUCGCUAAUGAAGAAACGUUGGAUACCGCAUUGGAAAAAUUAAAUAAUAUUGAAUUUAGAGGCUCGGUUAUCACAGUUGAAAGAGAUGAUAACCCACCACCAAUUAGAAGAUCAGGUAGAGGUGGUUUCAGAGGCCGUGGUGGUUUCAGAGGUGGCUUCGGUGGUAGAGGUGGCUUCAGAGGUGGCUUCGGUGGUAGAGGCGGUUUCAGAGGUGGUUAUGGUGGUCCAAGAGGUGGCUACGGUGCCCCAAGAGGUGGUUACGGUGGCCCUCGUGGUGGUUAUGGCGGCCCAAGAGGCGGUUAUGGCGCACCACGUGGUAGUUACGGUGCUCCAAGAGGCAGUUAUGGCGGUCCAAGAGGCGGCUAUGGUGCUCCAAGAGGUGGAUACGGUGCUCCAAGAGGUGAUUAUGGUGCUCCAAGAGAUUCCUAUGGUCCACCAAGAGACUCCUACGGUCCACCAAGAGAUUCAUAUGGUCCUCCAAGAGAUUCUUACAGAUCCAGAGAUGCUCCACGCGAAAGAUCUCCAACAAGAUAA